AUGGAAUUAUCCGGAGAACGCAAAUUACGCUUCAAAACAUCAGAUGGCAAAAUCAUCGAAUCCUAUGAAAAUCCCUUCAAACUCUCUCAAACAAUCAAAGAUUGCCUAGAGAAUAAUGGAGGUAUUCCGGAAGAAAUUCCCCUGGAAUCCAUUUCUUCAACAACUCUGAAAAAUAUUAUAAAAUGGUUGGAUUUUUAUAAAAAUCUUGAAUUCGAAGAAGAAGUUCGAGACGAGCAAGGACAUCUUGGAACAUGUUUUCUUCAAGAAUUCGACAUUAAAUUUUUCUCUACAAUUGACUUAAUCGAGAUUAAUCAGAUUCUAAAAGCUUCCAAGUUUCUGGAUAUCGAUCGUCUUAGGAGAGCUGGAUGUGCUCAUAUGGCAACAUUGAUUAGAGGAAGUAGUGUGGAAGAGAUGAAGAAUUUCUUUGCUUUCGAUUCGGAUGAUGAUGAGGAACAAAUGGCUUAA